UCUUUAUUCACAUCCAAUGGCGAGCCCGCAACGAGAUUUUGACAGCGAGAUUUGUAAAGGUAGUGACACAGAAGAAAGUGUACAAGUUCUCUACAAUUGUAUUAGUAUUUUGUGAAUUGGGAAUACGUUUGGAUUUGCCUUUAGCAAUCGUUUCAUAUUACGGAAUGACAAGUAUAACAAUAUCCGCGGUCCGUCCACGGACUAGUAUACUUGACAAAUCGUUGAGUAAAGGAAAAAGUGAGGUUAGCCUAAGUUGUUAUGCUCUUUUAUUUUCGGAGCUUGUGCAGUACUGUCAAAAUCGAGUUUACACGGUGCCUGAGCUACAAAAUAAAUUAGCUGAAAUGGGUGCAGAAGUAGGUCACAGAGUGACCGACCUUUUGGUAAUGCGAGAAAAGAGUGGUAAACGUGAAAUAAAAUUGUUGAACAUACUACUGUUCAUCAAAAGUACAGUCUGGAAAUCACUUUUUGGUCGGGAGGCAGAUAAAUUGGAACACGCCAACGAUGACGAUCGAACUUAUUAUAUCAUAGAAAAAGAAGCUCUAGUUAAUAAGUUUGUUUCAGUACCAAAAGACAAAGGAAGCCUCAAUUGUGCAUCUUUCACAGCUGGGAUUGUUGAAGCGAUCCUGUCUGAUUGUGGUUUUCCGGCAAAGGUGACUGCACAUUGGCAUAAAGGAACAACAUACAUGGUGAAAUUUGAUCAUGCAGUUAUUAAUCGUGAUAAACAGCUUGAGGAUCGCUAAUAAAUCUCAUUAUUUAUUCAUAUUUGAAUCCUGAAUGAUAUUUAUUUGGAAAACAAAAUUCCAGAAUUAUUAGUUUUCAAUAUUCGUUUUGUAAAUUUCCGUACUAUAUACUAUAUUAUUCUAGUACAGUUAUUAAUGUGAUAAAAGAUCUAUUUUUUUUUAUACCUUCAGGUAAAUUGAACAACAUAUCUUUGUUUGACGACAAUUUGAUAUUCUUAAAUAAUUAUAUAAGAAAAUUAACUUCUAUUAUUUAUAAUCGGAAUAAAUAAAACUCAUCCACAUUGUCGAUUCGUAUUCUACGUAAUUAUAUUACGUCAUUAUUUUAGGUACUAUAAAUAGAGAUUGCGUAGUUCCUUUGCAAAGUUUUUGUGCUCAUUAUAGAGAUGUAUUAUGGAUAAGGUACUCCAAGAGAAGAAAAAGGUCGAGAAAAAGUAAAAUAGAACUAUUUUCGAUCAACAUAUAAUAAGCUGUUUAUUCACACAUUACGAAGCAAUUGCUACUAAACAGAGUUUGAUAAAUAAACAAGCUUAGGCAAACUUCCAUUCUCUAUCAGCGUAUGACACCUGACCAGUGCGGUACAGAUGUUCCUGGGUAUCCUGUGACAAGAAAAUGUACGGAUUAUUUUUAUAGCUAAAUAAAAGUAGACCUAUCAAACUAAA